AUUUUGCUGGUUGCCACUAUCGCUCACCACCGCUGUGCGCUUUGGGCUUGCUGAAGAGUUGAGGCCUUAAGAACGACUUUGAUCAUGACCGCGACGACAUCAGGAUCGCGUAGGGAGUACGGGGCACUCUGGCAAGGCGAACGGCAAACUCGCCGCCUGCCCUGCGAUGAUCAUGGCGGCCGAGACGGUGCUGGAGGUGGAGAGCACGGACAACCAGGCCCGAGACGUUCAGAAGGCCAACUGGCCAGACAGUGUGACACACUGACGGCGUUCGCGAGUCGGGCCAGUAAUCAGCGGCAUCUUGUUCGAGCUCGUGACCUUGCGGUGGAGAAUCGAGGGCUGCUCCUCAUCAUGGCCGCCCAGCUGUUCUUUGCAUCUACAAACCUAUCCGUGAAGUUCCUCAACUCGCUCGAGAUGCCUAUUCCAACGCUUGAGCUGGUCUUUCUUCGGAUGGGAGGCACACUCGUGUGCGGUAUCAUAUACACAGUGUAUGCAAGAGUACCAAACCCUGUUCUCGGACCAAAGGAGGUGCGAUCUCUGUUGAUUACUCGAGGAUUAUGUGGUUUCCUAUACCUCUUCCCAAACUAUUGGGCUUUGAAGUACAUUUCUCUGUCGGACGACACCACCUUAUCAUUUCUCAACCCCUUGGUCACCGCCGUCUUUGCGAGAAUCUUCCUAAAGGAAGCGUAUUCGACGAAACAGGCAUGUGCUGCAGUAUGUAGCCUUUUUGGCGUGAUCUUGAUUGCUCGGCCGCCCUUCUUGUUUGCGUAUCGUGCUACCGACAAGAUGGACGCAUUGAGUGACUCGGGAGCCCAUCGUGUAACGCCUACUCUACGUCUCAUUGCAGUUGGUGCGGCUUUACUCAGUGUUCUAGGCAUGUCCAUGGCGCAGAUAUCCAUGCGAGCAAUUGGAAAGCGUGCGCAUCCCAUGCAUAUGAUGAACUACUUUUCGCUGUGGUGCGUCCUUGCUGCGGGUCCCGGCAUGAUCAUAUCCAGCACUGAGCCGGUUUUCCCUCGUCGAUGGGAGGCGGCCUGUUUGCUGAUUCUGAUGAGUAUAUUCGGCUUCCUCGCACAGAUUUUAUUAACGAUGGGUCUGCAACGCGAAACUGCCGCGAGGGGAUCAAUGGGAGUUUAUGUCCAGGUCAUAUUCGCAGCCGUCUUGGAGUUCGCUUUCUUCGGCACUGUACCAAGUCCUCUGACUGUCAUUGGCGCAGGCGUCAUCAUUGCCUGCGCUAUGUAUGUCGUGCUUUCGAAGCAUCCUCAAGAUGAUGUUAUGAAAAUUCGAGAACCAGUAAUAGAGGAGGGUUCGCCUGGCAGGCAGCAGUCCGAUGAGUCACAAAGCUUACUAUCAAACUGA